CAUUUGUUGUUACUCGGGCUUUUAUAUCCCGCGCGGUGGAGUAAAAAUAAAUCUCCAACGUUAGUCCUUCUCCCGUUGUUUUACAGACCAGGUGAUACUGGUCAAAUUGGGAAAUAACCCAUAAUCAAAUGAGGAGGGAACUAUAUGUGUAUGGUGAUCGUUGCAGUCAGGACCGAAGUUUGCGGUGCACGCAAGCUGCGUUCAAGAGCCGAGAGGAUUCGACCUUUAAUUGAUGAGCAGCCGUGUCUCCGUAGCUGCUCCGGGUGCGUGUGUCCUGAACGCACGUCCUGAAUGUGCGCAGACCCUGUGUGUGUUAACGUGUAGCUGCGGUUUAUUCAGUAGUUUGUCACUGACACCAGCGACAUGAAGAGAUGUGUUCAAGAUGGAGUGAAGCUUAACGACGAGCAGCUUCCGCACAACAUGGCCUCGCAGUGACUCGUCCUGAUCAACAGUGAAAUGUCCCUGAGCAGGAUCACACGUUUCCCCUCGGCGAGGCUGCUGAGCUCCAUCCACCAGCAGCUGCUUCUCCCCCCCGUCGGCCCGCUCACUGUGCCCACAAGAGCCGUGAUCCAGGGGGAGUACAGACGACCCGGGAAGCCCAAGGAAAACAAGUUUCCAUGGCAGAAGAUUAACUUUAACUUCAACAAAGGUUUGGAGGGAAUAAAGAAGCAUUUCAUGCUGCUGAAGACGGAGUUCUCUGACCGCUGGGUCGGUCCAGAGGGCAAACCGGUUCUUGAGCACAUGCUGGAGCAGAACCGAGUGAUGUGGGAGUUCAGAGGUCCGGAGAGCCUGGAGGAGUGGACCGUGUCCUCGGAUCACGAGAUAGGAGGCCAGAGUGAAGCCCACCUGAGGCUGGGCAAGAACAACACCUGUUUCCUGUACGGGAACCUGAGCUCCACUCCUCCGAGGGACGGAGAAACACGCUACAGUGGCUACUGCACCAUGCGCUCCAAACAACCACUGUUUUCCUUUGACAGGAAGAAGCACCACGACUGGUCCAGCUUCAACACGCUGCACCUGCGGGUUCGCGGCGAUGGUCGUCCAUGGAUGAUCAACAUCGCCACAGAAACCUACUUCUCUCACCAGAGAGACGACAUAUACAGUUACUUUCUGUACACCAGAGGAGGACCCUACUGGCAGGACGUCAAGAUUCCUUUCUCCAAGUUCUUCCUGACGCAUCGUGGGAGGAUACAGGAUGAUCAGCAUCAUCUCUGGCUGGACAAGGUCAACACUGUUGGAUUUACUUUGGGAGAUAAAGCAGACGGUCCGUUCCAGCUGGAGAUCGACUUCAUCGGCGUCUGCAAAGAUUACGCUCACACCGAGGAGUUUGCCUACGAAGUUUACAAGAGGAAUCCUGAAGUUUGAAACUAUAACAACUCUGGAGAUGAACUCUCAUUGAAUUACAGCUGAACUCUUCUAUCAACAAACAAACGUUUGCAUAAUUUUUGUGCAUUAUAUUCUGUUGGAAAUGAAAUAAUGAAAGACACUUUGGAAAACAGCAAUAGAAAAUUUAAUUGGGUAUGCAACAAGACUUUUUUGCACUAGUCUUUAACCACCCUGUCCAUAAAAAAAAUCAAUUUUAAGAACAAAUUACAAUUUCAAAUGCAGCAAAACAGAACGAUCCACAAAACAUCUAAAUACAUCAAUAAACAGAGUUAAAGUUCAAGUGUUAAAUCUAAAACCAGGUAAUUAGCAUGACUGAAAGAUGAAAGCUUCUCUACAGAAGACUACACGUCCUCUCCACAUCUAAAUGCAUCAUUAAACAGAGUUAAAGUAAGUUAUUCAUGUGUUUAAAUCUAAAACCAAAGUACUGUAACGUGAAACAGAGCUGAAAGAGCUUCUCUACAGAAGGCUAAAAAGCAGCAGAGAUUAGUCGACUGCAGACAACCAAAUAUUUACAGGGGAACAACAGGCUGUACAAAUGUCAACAAAUAAGCGCAAUAUUUUUACAUCAUGACGAGGCCUCGUCUCGCCCCGAGCACGCUCUCUUUCUUCUGCUUCCGGUCGGCAGUGUGUUUCUCUCUCCUGUUAUCCCUAAGAUGACAACACAAACAUUUAAAAGACAGAUGUUGUAGAGGUUUCACUGUUUUAAGAGAGAAAUCAAUCAGAUGACAGUGCUGCUUCUUUUUAGACAAACCUUGUUUGGACUUGGUGCUUUUUAUAAUUCUUCUGAUGCGAGUUGGAGAUCAGAGACUUGUCUGCUGCCGUCGUUGUGUUCUCCUUGACAUCUCCAAAAGCCUUUAGUUUACCUGUAAAUUAAAAACAUGAGGGGUUGGUUCACUGAUGAUUCACUACACGUCAGCUAAACACAGAAACUGAAAACCAUCAUUACCUGUAUGCGGCUUGUAGGAGAGAGGACGAGACAGACUGGCCUUCAGGUCAAAACUCUGCUUCUUCUGUGUUCCGGGGGUUUCAGCGGUGCUGGUGUUGCCAGUGAAAAUGAACGCCCCUGUAGAAUUCAGUUGAAUUACUUUAUUAUAUCUACACAACCUAUAAAUCUCUUAUUCAGAUAUGGAAUGAUUUAAAGUACCUGGAGUUUUUGCAGCAGAGAAGGAUGUACUCUUGACACUGAUGGACUUGACUUCACCCGUCUUCUGUAUUUGUGGCGUGCUCGAGGUCACACAGGGUGACAUGCGGGCCGGCGUCUUCACCAAGGACCCCUUAAACUCUUUGUCUCUGGUGGCUUCGCUGAACCUGCACACAAUCACAUUUGCUUGUCACGUUACAUGAAGGACAACAUCAUUUUCCACCCGAGAGACAAACCUUGAAUGAAAGUGUAACUCACCGAACAUUGAUCCUGCGAGUGGAAAGGACGGAGGGUCUGAACGGGGCGUCUUGCUUCCCAGCAGCUUCCUUCGGAGCUUUUCUCGCUGAGAGCAGAGUGCGUCGGCCGUCAGCUGGUCCCUUGUUGACGGGAGCAGGACUGAGGAUGGACGUACGACUCUGAUUUGCCUUCUGAAGAACAGACAAGUACUCAUCAGCCUCACUGCACUCAAAGUAUUCAGAGGGUUUAAUAGGUGAUGGUACUCACUGCUCGGGUUUUGCCAUCAGCUUGCUGCAGUUGAGUUUUGUCUGAAAGAUUCUGAAAAGGAAAAUAGAUGGAAUUUGUAAAAGAACCAUAUUCAUUAACAUGAUUGUUUUCAUGGGAAGAAGUCA